ACCGUUCCCCGACCGCAUCACAACUAGCAAAAAGUGUUCGUCUGUCGAAAAACAAAGACAAGAAGGAACAAGAAUGGCCUCAGAGCAAGUGAAAAACGCCUCCGACGAGGAAAGAGCUGAGCUUGAUGCGAGGGCCAGGCUAGGAGAGGUCGUGGUUCCCGGUGGAACUCGUGGGAAAAGCUUGGAAGCCCAGGAGCGACUUGCUGAAGGGAGGCACCGAGGAGGGGAGACGAGAAAGCAGCAGAUAGGGAGAGAAGGGUACCAGGAAAUGGGGCGCAAAGGAGGUCGCAGCACUACUGAUAAGCCUGGAGGGGAACGUGCUGCAGAAGAAGGCAUGCCCAUCGAUGAAUCCAAGUACAGGAACAACAGUUAAUCUGCUUUUGUUCAGAAAAAAAUGUGGUUUUAAUUUUCCCCCAUGAAGGCCGCCUAACACUGAUCUUCAUUUAAGAAACUCUUUUGUGACUAUUGUUGUUUUUUUAUCUUGUUUUAGGUUUCGAGUAAAAACUAAACCAGCCGAUCAUGUAAAAACACUGGCUGGUGUAUCUAAGCUAGCUAAGCUUUUGAUUUCCUAGUGUGUUCUCUGGUAGUUUGUUUGCUGUUGUGUGAGUUGUUUUGUUUAAUGAAUGUGUGGUUUUAAGUAGUA